AUGCCACCAAAAAAGGGGAAGAAGAAGGGAGGCAAGAAGAAGCAGGAGAGUGGCGAGAUACUUCGUCUGCAGCAACUUCGCGCGCAGGAGAAUGAGGCGGAGGAGUUUCAGAAGCGCGAGAAUGACCGCCGCGACAGGGAGGGGCAGGAGGAGCGUCUUAUUCUAUGGAAAGAGGAGCAUGUUCGAAUCAUUCGCGAGAAGGACGGCAAGGUGAAGGAACUCAUGGCAAAGGUGGAGCAGCUCACCACAUCCCUCCACGACGAGCGAGCUGCAUCUGAGAGCCAGGUGGAGCAACUUGUCCUGAUGCGAGACUCUCUGCUGAACGAGGUGAGUUUGUUGCGGGUGGAGAUUGAGGAGAAGCAAAAACUUCUCCUCCAAGAGCGACACAACGCAGAUAUCAAGCUGUGCAAUCUGCGUGAGGAAGCGGACCGGAGCAUUAAGGCACUUGAGGACGAUAAUGAGGAGCUGCGCACGGUCCUCAGCGUCACCAAGGCAGAGCACGCGGAGUAUCGGGAGAAGAUGGAGAUUACCCUCCAAGAAGAAGAGGCGGAGAUACGCGAUCAUGUGUCGAAGAUUGGCGGCCUCGAGCGUGAGCUAGAGAAGGCACUUGGAAUGAACCGCUCUCUGCAAGAGGUCGUUGAAGCACGUGAGGCGGACGACAGGAAAAAUGUCACAUUGAUGCAGAUGCUUAACGCGCAACUUGACGAAAACAAGCGCCGAUAUGAGGAUCAUCUAGAGGAGGAACGGCGACGUGGAAACGACGCAAAGGAGAAUAUUUUGCAACUAGAGACCAAGUGUGCACAGCUGCAGGAUGAGAUUGAUGUCUUGAAGAAGGAGAAUACAGACAUCAAGUUGGGCUCCGAUGUGGCACUACGUGAGUAUAAGCAGCAGCUGGAGCAGGUACAUCACGACUCGGAGUACUUGUCGUCAGAGCUGCAUGCCCUGCAUGAAAAGAGCCUGCAGGAAACGGAGGUGACACAGAACGCAAGGGCCGCUCUUGAAGGGGAGCUACAAACAACGAUGGUUGAGAUGGAGGCUAACCAGAAGCGCAUGGAAGAGUUGGAAAUGCUACUGCGCCGCAAGGAGCGUGAGAACUUUGACAAGAUCACAUUCUUAAACGCCCAAAUCUCUAACAACCGCACUGUCGUCUCGCAGUUGCAGCAGAAACUCAUGCACGAACGGAAGCUCCACGAGACCGAGUUGUCGCGGACGAGCGAUGACGCCAAAGAGAAGGAGCGCGAGUUGGACACGGUGCGCCACACCUUUGUGCAAAGCCAAGACGGCGCCAAGGAGCGUGAGGCGCAGCUCAUGUCGGAGGUGGCUGUGCUCAAGGCAACGACGUUCCACCUGCAGACGCAGCUGCAGGAGCAGCAGAACAGCCUUGAUUUGAUUACGGCGGCGAAGAACGAGGAGAUACAGCGGCUCUGCAAUCUUCUGGACGCGCACUUCAUCCCGCAUCGCAAGACCAUCGAGGGUGAGACCACGCAGUACGAGGGCACAAUUGCGAUUCUCAGCAACAAGAUUGGCGAGUUGACACGGGAGGCUGAACUGCGCGAUCAGGUGGCGCUCGAAAACGAGACACAGUCCAAGGCGCGCAUCGCCAACCAGGAGGAAAUCAUUGAGGCGCUGCGCGAGGAUAUGCGCGUGUGCGAGGCGCGGCGCCGCGAAGAGGUACGGUCUGUCGAGGAAGAGGUGGCGCGACUGAAGAAAACGCUCGAGAUUCACUUCAUUCCGUACGAGAUGUAA